AUGCAUGAGCUGGUGGGCCUUGCUGGGGCUGAGCCUCAAUCUUCGCUCCAGAUGCCCUAUCCCGAAGCUUCUUUAGCCUGUUGGAGCUGUCCAGCAAUCACAGAGUAUGCCGGAGGGGGCCCUCAGCACCCUGUCUUUGAGCGUCACAUGCUCCUGGUCAUCUGUCUGACAUGUGCUCUCUCAGGGGCUCUCCCUUUCAAGGCAGAGGAGGUCAAGCCAGACCAAAUGGUUGAAAUUUCAACAGAUGACAUUGAAUGCUUCUCAGAUUACAUGGCACUAUGGAUCCCUAAGAGCCACGUCUACGGGCUGAAGCAGUGGCUUUCCAGAACCCUGAAUAUACCAGUGAACUGGGGGUCCAUGGAAAGGGUGAAUUCUUUCCUGGCCAGGUGUGGUUAUUUCCUACAUCCUGACUCAGCUGGCAGUUACAUUUUCCAAGCACGCUACACAGCCUGCUUCAUGCAGCAAGAGAAAGCAAACUACCUACUGGAAAUCAGGAUAUUUCCAAAAGGCAUAAAGAGUUUUGGGAGAAGUGAUCGUUACAUCCUGAAGUGUCCAGUGAUAACUUCCAGACUGAGCCAAGAAAGCAUCCUUUGUGGACCAGACACCAUUCAGGUUUCUCGGCCCAUGCCCCAGGGAAAUGCCAGCCGACAGAGCCCCUGGCUGCUGUCUCUCCGAGGAGAACUGAUGGCUUCACUGGAAGAUGCAAGUCUUUUGGGGUUGUAUGUAGAAACUAACACCACCACCAUUACCAUCUUGGGCCCAAGGCAGCAGCUUCUGCAAAGGAAGGAGGUGCUGAACACAAGUGUGGAUUUUUUGUCCCUCUGGAUGGUCAGUGGAUACUAUGCCUAUUCCCUGGAAGCGAUGUGUCCCCUGGUCUUGUCUCAGCCAGGCCCAGAAAUCUUGGUUCAAAUCCCCAAACAGGGACUGGGGCUAGUGAAAAGAGGAGCCAGAUACACAGAAGUGCUGACCCUGAGAGAUCUCAGAGUCAGCCAGUCAAACAGCUUCAUGGUGACUGAAAACAGAGACUUUGUUGUGGUCAGCAUCCCACCCAGAGAUGUGCUCCAGAGCCAGCAAUGCCAGGAAGCCCAAGGAGUCCCUGGGAUGCAAUCAUUUUAUAGGAUAGACCUCAGCCUGGAGUUUGCGGAAGUGCCUCGUCCAAUCUGCUGGACAGUGGAGAAUUUUUUCCGUUGUGCUGCAGCAGCAGCCACUGCCUUCAGCCUGGAGGGCUGGCCCUUUGGAGAUACUCAGCAGCGCCAGCUUCUCCAGUCCCAGGUCAUCACGGGAACCCCAGGGCCACAGCCCGAAUUUAGGGAAGUGGGGCUGGAGGAAAAGAAUGGGGCCAGGGAAGAGAAUGGGGCCAGCAGCUGCAGCGGGGCCCAAAUCAAAGACAGCCCAUGGGCAGCAGGAGGUGCCCACACCGCCACCCUGCCACACUGGCAGGCCCCUAGGCCUUCUCCACCCUCUGCUCACCCCAGGACUAGCUAUCGGGGGAAGAAGGAAGUGGCUCUGUACAAUGCAGAUUGUCCUUGUUUUGAUGUCUGA